AUGGAUGUUCCUCGAAUGUCCUUUUACAAACCUCAUGAAAGGGUUUUCGUUAACUCUAGAAGAAGGUCUAACAGUGCAAUUCCUGUGAAACCCAAUAACGUUUCCGAAUUCGGCAGAUGCCUCCCUCCAAAUGAUUUUAGGCAGCACAAUGCUCAGGCCUCUAAACACAAUUCCAACUAUUUGUUAGGUUCCUCUAUCGUAAACGUUAAUUUUGUCAACAAUGUUUCAAAUUUAAACAGAGGUUUCGAUGGGUUCCGCAACAUUCCUAUUCUCAAUUACCCUAAUUACCACAGAGGCUACUUGACAAGUAAUGGAGGCAACUCCAUCAUUAGGAAUCAUAGUGCAAUCAGAGAUACCUCAAAUACUAAAAUUUUAAACAACCCUUAUCCAUUUGAAAAUUACACUUACAAAAACAACACACCUGUUCCUCCAGUUGUUAACAAGAGGGCCUUGAACAAUGAAGACAGAAUCAUCAGUAAUAACAGUCAUCCCUCUUCCAGAUCUGUUGAAAUAAUCGAGAAUAGGGAGAAUGCGGUGCCAAUUUUGACAAAGAAUUUUAUAAGCGACUCAAUAGCUGAGCUGGAAAAACCCAAAGAAAAUCCAAAAACUUAUUCAAAGACUCAGGAUAAGUCCUGUGUUCUGAACAAGUCACCGGACUUAAAGAGAUCUGAGAGGAAGAUUAAGUUGAAUCAGUUUCUGGAUAAGAUAAAGAAUGAAAAUGAAAACCUCGCCAACUCUCAGAAGAGGGUGAAAAUCAACAUCGGAAAGCCUACUCACGAGUUUGUUGCCAAGUUUCCGGAGCCUGUGGAAAAGGAAUUGGAAAGCUGGCACAAUUCUCACAAUUCAUCGUUGAAAUGGGAAAGGGUCAAGCACGGCCUCUACUCUGUUGACGGUUCCAUUGUACACCUGUUGAAACUAAACGGGAGCCUGUAUGUGGAAGGUCACGGAUUCAAAAAACACAAAGGCAAAAUGACCAUAAUGAAGUUUGUGGAGGAGAAGGAAUCAAAGGCUCUGAGGGAGAAAUCAGAGUAA